AAUAAACAUACAUUAACCCAGUAACACAGCAGUGAUAAGUUGUAAAGUGAAUGAAGCCCAAACAAUUAAAAUGUAUAAAGUAAUUUUGUUGUUGGUCGUUAUUUUUGUAACCAAACAAGAUGCUGCUAGGAUAUUGGCUGUGUUUCCUGCACCAUCAAUUAGUCACCAAGUAACUUUUAGACCAUUAACUCACGAAUUGGCAAAAAGAGGUCAUGAAGUUGUAAUAGUCACCCCUGACCCUGCCUUCCCGAAAGAUAAAAAGCCUGAUAAUCUAACAGAAAUAGAUGUUCAUGAUUCAUACAAUCUUUGGAGAGAAAAAGUUUUACAAGGAAUCAACGGUGAUAUGAAGAACCAAAUAAAGUUUUUGUUUGAAUUGUCGAUGGAAGUAUUUGAAAUGCAAAUGAAUUUCGAAGAAGUGCAGCAGAUUAUUAAGAAGAAUACCGAACCAUUUGAUUUAUUAAUAAUAGAAGCUUGUAUGUUGCCAGCUUUAGGAUUUUCUCAUAUAUACAAAGUGCCUGUUAUACAGAUCAGUUCGUUUCUACCAUUUUAUUCUAAUAUUAAUACAAUCGGAGCUGUAGACCAUCCUCAUUUAUAUCCAGUAAUGAGUACACAGAAACUUGACAAUUUGAGCACGAUUGAAAAAAUUAAUUUGUACUAUGAUCAUUUUGUCAUACAAAAUGUUGUCAAAAAUGCUGAAUUAGAUAUGGACAAGGUGAUCAAAAGAGUAUUUGGUUCUGAUACACCUCCUCUCUCUAAGUUAUAUAAUAAUGUAGAUAUGUUAUUUCUAAAUACGUUUCCAAUAUGGGACUCCAAUCGCCCAGUACCACCAAGUGUCCAAUAUUUGGGAGGAAUACAUGUAAAACCUGUUAAACAAUUGCCAGAAGACUUAAAAAAAUACCUGGACUCUUCAAAGCAUGGAGUAAUAUAUAUUAGUUUUGGCACAAAUGUGGAUCCUUCAACGCUUCCUCCAGAGAAGAUACAAGUGUUAUUGAAUGUUCUAUCUGGAUUGCCUUACGACGUUAUAUGGAAGUGGAACCAGGAUGUACUACCUGGUAAAAGUGAUAACAUCAAAAUUUCGAAAUGGUUGCCACAGUCUGACUUACUGGGACAUCCAAAACUCAAAUUAUUCAUCACGCAAGCGGGCUUGCAAUCAACUGAUGAAGCUAUUGUAGCGGGUGUACCACUUCUUGCAAUUCCAAUUUUAGGAGAUCAAUGGUACAAUGCGGCUAUGUAUGAACGACAUAAGAUUGGGGUCAAGAUUGAAAUGGAAAACCUUAGUGAGAGGACUCUUAAGGAAGCAUUACAUGUUCUUACUGUGGAUGAUACUUACCGCCAGAACAUAAUAAGAUUCCGAUCUGUCAUCUACGACCAACCACAAACUCCUUUAGAACGGGCAGUGUGGUGGACGGAGCACGUUCUGCGCCACGGCGGCGCGCGCCAUCUACGAUCGCCAGCCGCAAACUUACCGUGGACUGUGUACUAUGAAGUAGAACUAGUGGCUUAUGCACUUCUAGUAGUUACAAGCGCUAUAUUUGUGUUCGUGUACCUAGUUUUGAAAGUAAGGAGACUGAUAGUUAGUAAAAUGAAUGCUAAUAUAAAACUUAAAUAUAGUUAAUGUGAUAAUUAUAGAUUUAUUACUUAUAAAAACUCUGAAUGUUUUGAAUAACUAUAUGGUGAAUUUUAUAAAAGUACCCAUUAAAAGCUUUGCUUGUUCAAUGUAAGCUUUCAAUGAAAUAGUCAAAAAACAGUAAAAA